UGAAUAAAGAGAAGAGAGCAGCAUUGAUAAAGGGUGGUACAGCAGCAGUGGCGUGGCUGCGGGACGCUGAGCAAAACAAACAGGACUGAGGCGGCCGGGGAGCUUCCUCCACCAUGCUGCCCAUCAGGGAGACCUUUGAAGAGGCAGAGCUGACAGGGACCUGUGGCCACAAGUACAAGGUCCUCAAUGUGUACACCAAGAAGGGCACCAAUGUGUUCCCACGGCGACGUCUGUGUGAGAUUGUGUCAGAGGCUGGCCAGCGUACCAUCAUCAAAGCCAAGAGCUCUGGGGUGGUUACACAAGUCCUUGUUGCUACUGGGGACUCCAUAGCAGAUGGAUGUGAGAUUGUGGAAGUAGAGGCUUGUGGACACACUGCCCUCAUGGGUAACAUCUGCUGUGACUGUGGGAUUUUGCUGCGGGAAGAGGACUUACCCAAAUCUGAGGCUGUCAGCAUGCUCCAUUCUGUACCCGAUCUCAAAAUAUCCCGUGGGGAGGCACAGAAGCUUGGGCAAGAGGACAUAAGAAAUCUGUUGAAGCAACAGAAGCUGGUUCUUCUGGUAGAUUUAGACCAGACUCUUAUUCACACCACUAAUGACAAUAUCCCUGCCAACCUCAAGGAUGUUUACCAUUUCCAGCUCUCUGCUGGGGGCCCAUGGUAUCAUGCCCGCAUCAGACCACACACUAGAACUUUUCUAGAGAAUAUAUCCAAGUAUUUUGAGCUCCACAUCAGUACAUUUGGUGUUCGAGAGUAUGCACACCACAUUGCACACUUUCUUGACCCUGAUCACAAAUUAUUUGGUCAGCGAAUCCUAUCUAGAAAUGAGUGUUUGAACCUCAUGUCCAAGAAGGCCAAUCUUGACUCCCUGUUUCCAUGUGGAGACAACUUGGUUUGCAUUAUUGAUGACCGAACAGAUGUGUGGAACUUCUCCCCCAAUGUGGUGCAAGUAGCACCCUACCAUUUUUUUCGUCACACAGGUGACAUUAAUGCUCCACAGGGUCUCCAAAAAAAAGAGCGUGAUGAUCGUGAUGGUAUUGAUUUCAAGAACCUAAAGAAGGAAAUUAUCAAACCAGUCGUCUCAACGGGAGAUGAGAAGAAAGAGGUUGGCAGCUCUGACUUGGAUGCUGCUGAAACUCAACCCUCAUCACAAUCUCCUCCCACGUUUCAGCAAGGAGCCAGUGAAGUCACUGCUGAUGGAGAAAGAGGACCACUCUCAGAUACAAAGUCUAAUGAAGAUUCGGGCAAUUAUAGCGGGUCAGAUGAUAGUUGGGAAUCAUCCCCAGAGGUGGUGGAAUCCAGUCCAGAGGGCCAGGAAUCCAGCCUAGGGGUGCAAGAAUCGAGUGCAGAAAAAAAUACAAGACCAGAAAAUCAAGACUCCAACCCAGAGACCCAAGAAUCUAAUCCUAAAAAAGAAACUGAUUCAGAAGAUAAAAAAAAUUUACCCUCUUUGGAACCUAUGGAUUCUAGUAUAGGGACCAAGGAAACUACUCCAGAAAAAAAAGAAAUAUGUUCAGAUGGAAAUGUUUUAUCUACAGAUAAAGAAACCGAUUCAUCUUUAGAGCUGAAUCCCGAGUCUCAGCAACUUGGUUCAGAGAUUCAGGAACAGAAAAGCACUGAGGUCCACGAGAUUCAGGAACAGAAAAGCACUGAGGUCCACGAAGAAGCUAAGGACACAGAUUGCAGUAAAGAAAGUGAAAGUGAAGUUACGAAAACUAGUGGAAAUAAAGAGGUAGACCAAGUUCAGCAUGACCAGGAAUCACCCUCUAAAGAGUCUAAGGAUCAGCUGACCCAGCAGGAGUCUCAGACCAUAUCACAGCAGCAGGUGUUUGAUGUUGUUGAUAAUGAUGAUUACCUGCUAUACCUGGAAGACAUUCUGAAAAAGAUACACUCUGUGUUCUUCAAAGACUAUGAGGCAAGCCUUAUGGAACAAGAUGAUGAUAAAAAACAAAAGGAACCGAUAUCAGCACAGAAAGGAGCCACAUUGGAUCAGAGACCACUUCCAGACCUGAAGAAGAUUGUUCCAGGUGUGAAGAAAGAUGUGCUGCAUGGUGUCAGUCUUGUGUUUUCUGGAGUUGUGCCACAACAAGUUAAGCUGAAGGAAUCCAAAGCUUAUCUUAUUGCCACUGCCUUUGGGGCUACAGUGAGUGAUAGGUUGAUAGUGCGUGGAGAAGCAGGGAUCCCAACCACACACCUGGUGGCAGCUAACAGACACACUGAAAAGGUCAAUGCUGCCAGAAAGAUGAAGUCCAUCAAGAUUGUGACACCAAAUUGGUUGUGGAAAUGUACUGAGCGGUGGGAGUGGGUUGAGGAGCGGCUCUUCCCUCUCACCAAGGAGACGGAGAAGGAGGUGCAGCGAGUGCCGCCUCUCCACUGUUCUAACCCGGAUGCUGCAUGGCUUGCCUCCCAUGAUCUUUCUGAUCCAGUAGCUCCGCAGAGGAUGCGAACUCCCAGUGGUAGCCUCCUACAAGAUAUCAACCCUCUUGUAUACUUAAGCUCAGAUGAUAAGAACAAUAUGGAAGAUGAAGUAGAGAAAAUUCUCAGUGAUGACAAUGCAGUGUAUUGGUGCAUAAAACUCGCAUACUUGGCAGAUUCUGAGGGUGAGUCCGAAUCUGAAGCAUCAGAAGACAAUUCAGACUCAAAUGACAUGGAGGAAGGUGGUGAUGAAGAUGAAGAAGAGGAGGAGGACUAUGAGGAUGAGGAUGGGGAGCCAAAGAAGAAAAAAAGGAAAUCCAAUGAGUUGGGAGAUGAGGAAGAUGAGAAUGAAGAUGAAUUACCCAGUGUUACUUUCCGGCAAGGUGGUCAGCUACCUAGUGAUGACAGCAAUUCUGAGGAGGAUGAUGAUGAUGAAGGAGAUUUACGGAGGAUGGGAGCUGAUCUUGAAAACCUUCUUAAUUAAGAUAGCUUCCUUUAAGAUUCACUGCUUCUCUGUCUUCACUCCUGUGUCUGAUGAAUCCUAAUAUGUUUUCUUGUUCUCUUUCCUUUUCCUCUUACGUCUUGCUCUUAUCCCCUUCUCUGUCUUUCCGAGUUAGUACAAAUGUAAAUAUUGGUUUUACAUGUUUAACAAAGGAUUAAGAAUAGCUUGUGUAUAGGAAUGUGAAAAAAAUUAAGUGAAUGAAGAUAUUGUACAAAAGGUGUGAAAGUGUAGUCACCCACCCAGAUUUUUAACCUUGGAAAUUAUUACUCAUUCAUUUCAGAACAUUUAUUAUAUUGGUUUUGAUGCCUCUUUUUAGGUUGUGUUAAAAUAUAUCCUUCAUUUGUGAAGAGAUUUAGUUAACAUCAUUAUUGCUCUAGUCAUAUCUGGACUUGGAGAAAUUUAUAAUAAUAAACUUUAAUGGCUCACAAUUUAAAUAAAAAAAAUAUCAAACAAAAGGAAUAGAAUAUUUGACCAUUGAGACAAUGUGGAUUGACUGAAAGGAAAUUUUAUUGUUGUUUUGGGUUAUACAAAGUUGAAGCAAUUUAACUUUGUACUAGUACAAAGAAAGUGCUUUGUGUGGAAGAUUGAAUGUUAAGGUUCACUAAUUGUAUAUUAUGUUGUUCUCAAGACUUGUUAAUACUAUAAAUGUAUACUUUAUCCUAUAUGAGUAAUAUUAAAAUUGGUGUAGUAGAUAGAAACUAGGUAGGCUACAUCUUCCUCAGUCUUCCGAGUAGAAGGAUUUACAAUGUUCGGACUCAUUUUAAUGCUAUGGUAUUGCUAUUACAUUUUAAGUCCUUUAAACCGUUUUGUUUUGUGAUUAUUAGAGACAAAGUAAGACUUUAUAUAUUAGAUACCUGUUUCUAAGAACUCACCAUUAUAAAGUUCCCACAGGAAAUCAGCCUUUCACCUCUCAAAAGGAAGACUGGGAAACAUUGAGGAAGAACUGUGACAACAAUAAACUGAAAUAGCAGUGAUUUGUACUUUAGUUAUGUCAGUAACAACUGAUUCUCAUUGACAAACAUUUCAUGGUAUCACAACUACUUCCAUUCAGGCCCAAUGUGAAUAGGACAUCUUGCAAUUCUCCAGAUUUAAAAGUGCCAAGACAAAGUGGAAACAUUAUGGGGGAUAUGCAAGGCCCAAGAAUGCCAAAGGAGUUUGUGGUUUACUUUACAAAACCAAUUUCAUAUGUCCACCAGAGGCAGAAUGUGUCAUUAGUAUCAUCAAUGUGUACAUACCUGCCUUGUGUGAAGCAGAAAUAGAUGUUCAUCCAUGAGACUAAGGUGCCAUAUUGCUAUUAUUAUUUAUGGAACAGUAUCUCUAAAACAAGUUUCAAGUUGUUGAAAUGACAAUUUCCUAGAACUAACUGAAAUAAUGUCUAUUUAUGAAUUUCUCACCCUAUGAAAUCUUGAAUCAUGUAGUACAAGAAUGAUUUGCCUUAUAUGGUACAAAUAGAAGCAAGGUGACCAAUUUUUAUCCCCCCACCAUAGCCUCAAGCCAUCAAUAUUACAGGGAUCUCAAAAUUGUUAAUUAUUUUUUAACAGAUAUGUGAUGUAGUACUAUACAUUACCUAAAAAUGUAGAUGCUCAAAAUUCAUCUACCACUAAUUAUAUUAUAGUAUUCACUCAGAAGUUCACUCAUCUCAAUGCAGCAAUUUUUGUCUUUUUAUUGGCUAGAGCUCUAGUCUGAGUGUUUUGAUAGCUAUAUGGUACCUUUUACCAGACAUUGCUAAAACUUGUGGUAUAAUCCUUGGUGAAUUAUUUUGACAAUAUUCAAACAAUUCAUGUCUUAAAGGGUGAGACAAUAAUAAACAAAUUUCAAUCAUUUUGUGUGUGAAGUAAUAUAAUUUCAGUAAUUCAAAACAACUUCACAUAUAAACGGUGAUAACAGUACACUCCAUCUUACUGAAGUAUAUUUGAGAGCUCUGCUUAAUUUUCCUGCAAUAGUUUGAGAUUGCCUAAAUAGGGAUGUGAGCUUUAUAUCUAAUAUAGUCAGUGAUGACACACUCCCACUUCAGAUGGACAUAUGAAAUAGUAUAAUGUAAGUUUACAACACCAGACUUACCCACAGUACCUGGUGCCACUCAACACUUGUCUGCAGAAACAGCUGGAUGGAUGCACUCAAAGUUCAAUUCAGAAUUCCCAUCACCACCUUGAGAAUAACAAAAAUGGUUGAGUCCUCUAGCCCAGGUAGAAUCUAGAAAAUGGAAAAUUCAAAUGAGUAUGGUAUGAUAGGAAUAUAAAACAAAAAGAAAGAAUACAUACGAUAGCAUAUAGCCUAAUGGAGUAUACCAUCAACCUUCAUUUCUGAAAGAGACCAUUGACCCCCACUAGUACUAAAAUUGUUUCUGAAAUGGAAGCAUUAUCUGGAAAUAUUUACUCUAACUACUUUUGCAUUACCAAAAAAUUUUAUUUUUAUCUUCAUUCCACUUUUACACUCUUAUAAUAGCAAACAACAUAAUUAUGAAAUAUUUAUAUCUUCAGGAAAUAGAAGUAACCAAGACAAGGCACACCUUGUAUGUGCUCACACACACGCACACUGAUUGUUUUUGUAUCAAAAUUUUGGAUUUAUCAGUUAUCAGUCUUGAUAAAUUCAUUGCCAGUUUUGAUUAUUGGCUAUCACCAAUAAGGUUAUUAUUCAUUUAUCAGUUAUCAUGAUAACUUUUCUUCAUUGCACCCAGCUAUGGCAUUCAUAUAUAAUAACUUACCCUUUUAGAGUAACUGGGGCAAAGAAUAUGUAUGCCCUUUAAGAAAAGUACAGCAGUUCAGAUGUUUUUUUUUUUUUUAAGAGUACAACAAGUAAUGCUUGAAACAUACACCAUUAGGAUUCAAGCAUCAUGUGUCUUAGAUACGAGCAAGUUUCAGAUAACCAGUUGCUAGUUGGCACUUGGCACUAAUUAGGAUUAUUUUUAUUACAGCUAAAUGCAUGAUGUUUUUUAAAGGCACGAUUUUUGUAUGGUACUUUCCUGAUGGGUGGGUGGCUGUUCAAAGUUUACUUACGCAUAUAUAGGAAAGUUUUCCAUAAUGUAUUUCAUAUUCUAAAACUAAAUGAAAAUUUAUUUUUACAUUUGAUAUUUAGAGUAUUGUUAAGCUAUCAUGUUGCCCUUGCUCAUAGAUAUUUGUAACUAUUUGUACAUAUUUAUUUUGUAGGUACAUGCAAAAAAUAUAUAUCAGAUAAGAAAAAGAUUCCUGUAGAACAGGCAUAGAUUGUUGUGUGAAUGUUGUAAGAAUGAUAACUCGUUUGAGGAAAGUGACAUUCUUGCUGUAUAUACUCAUGUAUAUUUCCAUUUUUCAGACAAAUCCAGGCAUUAAACCUUUUGUAGGUUUCAUUUUCAGGAGACUAAUUAUUAAAGCUUCAGUAAUGUACCUGUGAUUUAAAGGAUGUUAUUCUUUAAUUUAGGUUGAAGUUUGCAAUUACUUAAUAUUUUCACUGAAGCUGGAUCUCGGGCUCCUGCCCUGGUAAGAAGGAUAUCAUUGAUUGGUUACACACUUCUCCCACCAACUCUCAGGGCCAGCCUACAUGUUUCAUGCUCCAAGAAUGUUAUUUUAUCUGCUUUAGCACAUUUUGUACACAAGACUCAUCAAUGGUUGCAGAAGCCGUGUGUUUAACAAACUUAUUUUCUAUAACUUUCUACCUUUGAUCAGUAGUGUGUGAAAGCAUUCAGAAUGAGAUUACUUCAUAUGAUCAGUAGUGUGUGAAACCAUUUAGAAUGAGAUUACUUCAUCCUUUAGGAUUUUAGAUGGUGUGGUCUACCUAUCUAUAUUGUAGAUAAAAUAUUGUAGAUAAAAUAACAAAUUAGCAAAACAAUCCACAACCAAGCACAAUCUGACUGCACCACACCAUGUUUCACAUUCAGGAAUUUUUUAACUGAAUAUCAUCCAUCCUUACCAAACUUGGAGCCAAGUAUUCAGCUUAAGGGAAUAGAUUAUAGUUUGUUGCAGUUUGCUUGAAAAUUCUUCAAUCUCAAUAUUUUGGUCAGAACAAGUGAAUAUAAAGGUAGAAAAGUAAAAUGAAUUAUAGUCCAUUGUACAUUUUCUGUGUGUAUCUACUUAACGGUUGUCAUUGUUCCCACAACACGAAAAAUACAAAAUCAUUUAUGUUCAUAGUCCUAUUGAAAGUAUAAAGUUACGAUAGCAAAAAUUAAUGUAAGCAAGGAUCCAAAGGAAAUGUAAACAAAAAGGAAGAUGUGAGCAUAGAAUUAUCUAUGUACUCUAUUUGUAAAUAAGUGGGUGUGGGGACGUGAAUUCUCACAUUAUGGAAAAAAAAAAGUUACUUGAUUUCUUUUGGAGGUUAUGGAAGAAAAUGAUAAGACUGAAUAGCUAUUUGAUUUUAUACUUUUGUAUUGUACAUUUACUUGAAUAUGUUGUCUUAUAAUAAAACCUGAAGGAUUCUUAGAUCAUUAUUAAUUUUAAAUAGCCUUACACAUGUAUUAUCAAAGGAUUAUGUGAUAAGUUACAGUUUAGUUGGUCCUUACUAGAUGUAGCUAUGGCUCUUCAAGAUUUAAGUGUGAUUUUUGCAUGACUGGUGGUAUGUCAGAUUUCAUUGUCCACAAUCUAAUUGUUAAUGUUAAGCUGAAAACUGUUUGGUUGCUUAUUUCUUCUUCACUAGAAAAAAAUAAAAAAAUAAAUGAAAUGGGUAUUUACUGUGAUGUAUUUGUAAUACAAAUAUGUAAUAAAUACACUGCAGACCUCAUCAACACACAUUUCUCUCUCUCUCUCUCUCUCUCUCUCUCUCUCUCUCUCUCUCUCUCUCUCUCUCUCUGACAUAAAUGACAUGUGCAGAACUGUAUAAGUCCAUUUUUUGGCCAUUUAAUUGUUUGUUGAUUGGGACACUUAUGAAUCCAUUUUGUAUUUAUCUAUAAAUAGGUGAACAAGGGCUAUAAUAUUCAAGGAGACAAACCUAAUUUGUCUCUAUUUGGCCAAAUAUGCAUGUAACAAAUAAGUAGUUCUAAAAUCUUUAAACCAUUAUAAAAAGUCAACUUCAAGUAAAGUAUUGGCUAUCAUUGUUGGAAUAAAAUGUUUGCAGUUGUAUGAAUAAAUCUUCAGUAUCUCAAAAAUGAGAUAAGCAGAUGGUACUUGUGUAGCAUACUAUGUCAUCAAUACAAGAGGCAAAUAAUUAGAUGAAGAUUGUGAAAAAUGGGGAGGUAACUUAAGUUUGUAUAUCAGGCAAAUAAAAGGGAAACAAGCUGAUGCAAGGUAUGUACUACAUUCCUCGACUUUUCAGUAAAAAACCAUCUUCAGAAAGGAUGAGUUACAGAUGAGUAGCAUAGCAAUAUACAUGUAUACUUGUAUACAAAGAAGCAGCUCAGCCUGCUUGUCCAUGCAGUAGAACAGGCUGUGACUGGUGAAGGCCAGACAAGGCAAGCCUGGCUGUGGCCAGAGACAAACAGGGGAGGAGCAAUGUAUUUGUUGCGAGCCACACCCAAGCUCACCUUGUCUGGCUUCCACCUAUCACAGCCUGUUCUGCUGCAUGGACCUGCCGGCUGAGCCGCUUCUAUGUUGUAUAACUGAAACGUCAAGGAAUAUAGUACACUCCUUGCAUUAGCUUGUGUUUCCCCACCACCCACUCGACUUAUUAAAUUCGGCUCUACAAUAAUGAAUCACUAUUUGCAUCUUUGUUGUUUUUAUUAAUACACUGAGCAUUUUAUUGUAACAAUGGAGUAGAACACUGAUAAAUGAACCAAACAUUCCUCAACUUGUAUUUAUGUGAAGAUAUUUAUAUGUUCAGUAAUUCACCUCGAAUAUAUAAAGACAUUUGUUGUGUUACACAUACAUCUAAGAUUGGAGACGAGCAAUUAUACUGUAUAUUAUAAUAACAGGGAACCUGCAUUCAACUAACAGCUGUUUUGAUUUAAGCCACUGAGUUGACUAUUGUUGCUUAAAUUCAUAUAUGUUAACCUAUCCACUAUCUUCUGUUAGAUAAUUUCUUUCUGUAUUCUUGAGAGAGCAAUACCUGCACACUGGAUUCCCACUAAUAAUUAAUCACCAUAUCUUAAUGAGAAGCUUAUUCAUGAUAAAGUCAAAAGAACAAGAUUUCCUGGUGGUGUUUGGAAAAGUUGUCAUUUUGUGUGACGUGUGGUGUGGAGCUGGGGAGUUAAGAUGGGCUUUGUUUUGAAAUUAUGUAGUAGUAUUGUAUUUUAUGCUUCCAGUUCAUGCUUUUUUUUUUUUAUUCUAAAAUUCAUUUUUUGGCACUGGGUUUUCUCAGUGUACUUUUAUAAGUUUAAGAUUACAUUAGUACCAAGACUUUAGUGUGAUUUAUUCAUGAGGAGCUUCUUAAGAGGAAAGCCUGUACGUAUAUGUACUUGAUAAUGUCAUAACUAUGCACUCAAAUUACAAUUUUCCUGUCAGUGAGACCUUGUUACAUUCUCGCAAUCAUCUAACGGCAGUCCUGUGCUAUGCUAUUCUCAACAUUCUAUAUACAAGUAUUCUCUUUUGUCCAGCCUUGCCAUUUCCUUGAUUUACAGCCUCCUCUCCAUUUACUCCAGUUUACAUUCUUCUUUAAUACCAUUUCUCUUCCCAUCCUACAUAACUUCAAAUCCACUCCUAUUGAAACCUUCCAUCUAAUUUCCCCUGCUCCUGAUUUUCUUCAAGAACCACCACCACUUUCAGUCACACCAAGGAAAUGGAUUAUAUAUAUGGUGGAGAUUCAGAAGGAUACAAUUACAUAUGGACUGUAAUGUUACUUGUUGCUCAUGAUCAUUUCAUUUACUCCUCAAGUUCACAAAAAUAUAAUACAUGGGUACAUGUGAUGUUAUUUUUUAAAUAAAUGAAAUUGUCACUUAAAUACUAUACUAGUUUUCCUAAAGUAUCAGUAAAGGAUAUGAAAGUAUUCCUAUCUGUGUUGAUUUAUGGAAAAUUGUUAAAUAGGAGUGAUACAUGUUCAUAACUUGGUACCUGCUAUACUAAUGAAAAUUAGGAAUUGGAUUUUUUUUACAUGUUAAUGUAUAGUGGUAAUUGAUAAGGGUCAACUUUAUCCAUAUUACUGAGAUUACUCAGUCUGUCUGUUUCAUGUUUUCAACAAUAAAGCUGAAGUAGGGGA